AUGCGUUACUUCAACCUGCGUCUACAGCAUCUGAGCUUCAUCUCCGCUGUCCUUAAGGCCCGUGAUGGGAGAGAGAAAACGCACGUGUCGGGCAAUCGGUCGGGCUCCCGGACGCAGCACGUGCUCUGGGACACAACUUCAUGGCAGGGAGAGAAGCCGGCGCAGGAAGCCUGUCGCAACGUGCCGGCGGCCACCUGCAAUGCAGCGCUGAAGUUCAAGGCUCCGGACAAAGCUAGUCGCCGCGCCGGGCAGAGGCUGCUCCGGGACGUUGCAAGCCUGGACCGCGGCCCGGCCCGGCCCGGCCCGCCCCUGCAGGCCCGCUGGGAAGGGCGAGUCGAGGGCGCCGCUCACACGCCCCGGCCAGCUGCAGCCGCAAGCGCACUGGUGUCCCAGCCCGCUCCCACCGACCCGUUGGAACGCCCCGUUCAUCCCGCGUCAGCGCCUCAGCCAAUCAACGCCGCUCUGCCCCCCGCCCUCUCCGCUGCUUCCAGCUUCAAGAAACCAUCAGCAGGGACAAUUUACCAGAGGAAGAAGGCAGCCCCCAAGCUGAUACUCACUGAAGAACAGAAACAACAGUUCCGAGAAGCCUUUGAUUUGCUGGAUACCGAUGGCACUGGCACGAUCGAUGUUAAAGACUUGAAGGUGUCCAUAAGAGCUCUGGGCUAUGAACCCAAGAAAGAUGAGAUGAAGAAAAUCAUAUCAGAAGUUGAUAAAGAAGGGUCUGGGAAGAUCAACUUUGAUUUAUUUUUGCAUGCAAUGACUCAGAAAAUGUCGGAGCCAGAUUCCAAAGAAGACAUUUUGAAAGCCUUCAAGCUGUAUGAUCAGAAUGGAACUGGCAAAAUCUCAUUCGAAAACCUCAAAUGUGUGGCUAAUGAGAUUGGGGAAAAUCUUACAGAUGAAGAACUGCAGGAAAUGAUUGAUGAAGCAGAUAUGGAUGGAGAUGGGGAAGUGAAUGAACAGGAGUUUCUGCAGAUCAUGCGAAUGACCAACAUGUAGCUAGACAUUUCUCUUUUCUUCCCACAAAUACUCAUAAAAUAUAGUUGGUAGGAACAUCUACAGCAUCCAUCAAAUCUUCUGGGGGAAAAGAAGAGAGUUUGUGUUUUUUAGAAAUAUAUUUGCAAUGGGAAUGAGUUACUGAUUUUAGCUGUUUAUUUCCUACUGUUUAAUUCAAUUUCAGAAUUUUAAAAUGAUCGUGGGUAGUGUUCUGACCACAGGUAAAGAAUCAGCUUAUUCAUUGCUUGUUUUCAUGUUCAGAAAAUCAUUUUCUAUAUCCCAAUAAAACUUGUAUAUAAUUAUUUCUA